AUGUCGCCACCAGCCAAACUGGAUCUGAGGGUCGACCUCUUCGACGACGACGACCAAACAAAUAUUUUUUGGGCUGUUUACGACAUUGAACGCGAAACUUUCACACAAGGUGCUGUUGGCCAAGCCGAGUCCAUUGCUCUAUUCAAAACCCCACGUUUCAUUGUGAAAUCU